AUGCUCCGUGUGCUUAGCCAUCGUCUUGUAUCAGCGCGUGUAGUGUCUACACAUGCAUCACGUUAUUUCCACGCAUCUACUUCUAUACUCCAUGGUGACAUGUCCAAGUUUGAAGCCAAUCCGACUGUCCAUCUUAAGUUUAAACAGCGUGACGACUCGAUAAAAGAAGUGGAAGCCAAGACAGGCAUGUCUCUAUUAGAAGUAGCUCAUGCCAAUGACGUUGAUCUGGAAGGGGCAUGUGAGUCGUCCAUGGCUUGUUCGACAUGUCACGUGAUCCUGGAAGACUCUGUGUUUGAAAAGCUGGAAGAAGCAUGCGAAGAUGAGGAAGAUAUGCUGGAUAUGGCCUUUGGACUGACAGAUACGUCUAGAUUAGGCUGUCAGGUGAUUGUAAACGAGAGCUUUGAGGGGACAACGGUGACGCUGCCGAAGGCCACACGCAACUUUUACGUUGAUGGCCACGUACCCAAGCCACACUAG